AUGGUGCCUUCAUGCGGCCUCGCGUGCGGCCUGUCAUUACCUACCGGCAGUCUUACCAGGCAAGCUUCUUCGAACACCCCAACACUCCUUGUGCCCGCAGCACACCUCACAUGGUCAUCUGGUCUACCAAUCAUCCCGAACAAUGGGGUACCGCACCCCCUUAGUCCCCGGUCGCCUCACUUCCAUCGGCGUUCGACGGAUUGUCGUCUACCUCUUGAGCCAAGAUGA